AUGGCGGAAGCCCACAAGGAGCCCGUGGGAUUCUUCGAACCUCGCAUCAAGGAUGUCAAAUGCCGUGUUUAUCAUCAGUGGGCGAGAAUAGUAUUGCUCCUAUGUAUCUUCCGCGUCCCACAGAAAAUGCAUAACCUGACCGUUUGGGUGAUUGAUUUUGAUGGCCAGGAAGAGACUCGACAUGAUGUGAGGGAAGAUCCAAUCGUUGGGCCAGCCAUGAUGAAAUUCACACAUUCCAAGGCGAGUGUUACGACGGGUCUCGCAUACACGAAUCAGUCGCCGGCGGAUUUCAAUUACGAUCCCCAGGCCCUGAAGCAAGCGGUGUACGAUGAACACAUCUAUGCAGCCGUGAUUGUGAGUUUUAACGCAACGGCCCUUCUCUUGCAUGCUGUAAGGAACGGGGACUCCGCCAACAGACCGACAGAGGCCGCCCAGUUCGUCACAAUCAGUGCCCGAGAUCAAACCACAUACUCGACUUACAUCGAGCCCGCACUCAACACCUUUGAGUGCGGGUUCAUGGGCUAUUUUGGGCGUCGCUGGGUGGAACAACUGGCUGAGCAGAAUACCUCGUCUCAACUGCUGCAGACAAACGCCCGCCAGGCCGUCAAUCCUGCCAUCGGGUUUGACCGGCUCGACUUGCGGCCGUUUUCCUCCGCCGUGGCCAUCCCUGCCGUCACGGUCGCCUGGCGGAUCACAUCCAAUCUGGCCGCGUGUUGCUUUCUCGCCUUCAGCUACUCCCUGGUCUCGCUUACCUUCCAGAUCCCAUUCAACAACACCCCCGCGCGCGGGUUCGGAUCGGCGCUGAACUCGAAUGCGUACGAACGCGGCUCCUUUGUCUUUUUCUGGAUGCUGAAUUGGGUCGGCAUGGCCGCCUUGGAGUUCCCGUGCGAAAACAUGGCCAUGCUGCUCGGAGCCCCGUACAGCUCCAUCUUUCCGAUCGUUUGGGUGAUAACGAACGCCUCGACGGGCUUUUACGCCUUGGAUCUGGCACCCUCUUUCUUCCGUUGGGGAUACGCGCGGCCCCUGCACCGAAUUGUCGAAGCCCUGCGCACAAUUCUCUUUGGGACUCAUUCGCGUAUUGGAUAG